AUGGCACCCCUCCGCCGCUACCUCCGCAUAACCCCCCGCUCCGUCCUCGAGGUCCGCAUCUACCUCGACAACCCCGCCGACCAGCCGCGCUGGCUCUGCCACCCCGUCACGCCCGCCCUCCCUCGCAUAAUCGCCGCAAUCCGGCCUCUCGUCCUCCCAAAGUUACGCGAGGAAAAUGACAUUGCUAGCGGAAAGCUAAAGAGUGGGGCUAAAGGGAAGAAGAAAAAGGGAGGCGUGAAAGAUACUAUUGUCGAGGAGGACUUUGAGGUCUCGGUGUUUUUGACGCAGACGUCGACGCGGCAUGCGGUCCUUAGGAAGCAGAAGACGAUGAAGGGGGAGAAGGGGAGGCUGGGGAGCGAAGGGAGGAGAAUCACGGCGGAGGGGACCGAGGAGGCGCCUGUGGUUGUAGAUGAGGCGGGGGCUGGAGACAGAGUGCCGGGCUUAAGGAGGGAAGAGAGCGAUGAAGGCGAUGAUAGGAUGGAGAAUAUUCCUGCUGAGGCCGCGAGUGGUCGAAGGGACGUGAAGAAGGAGGAUACAUUUGUCGUUGAGGAUGAUGAUGAUGAGGAAGAAGUACAUGAAGGUGGCGGCGAGGUACAGGACGACAAGAAGAAGAUGGGGAUGGAGACUAGAUACGAGGGAUUUUCUAUCUACGGCAGAAUAUUGUGUCUAGUGGUGAAGAGAAGGGGUACAGCAAAAGGGAGGGAGUUGCCUGGUGGAGCAGGACAGGCUAUGAUGGAGGAAUGGAUCGGGACCCAGGUCGCCAGGGAGGAACAGGGCAUGGGUGCUACGAAUGACUGA